UGUGAGGUCAAGGGUCGUCUACACAUGCAAUUGACCUCCGGUGGUUACAUAAUGCAUGAUUGAUCUUGCGCAUGCACAGUAAGGCUGGCUUAGUCAGCGAUCUCAUCAAGAAGGCGAAAGGGGAAGAACAGCAUGGCUGCCACAAGAAGACUGGGAAAGGAACUGGAUGAUAUCCGGAAGAGUUCACAGCAAGUGUUUAAGAAUAUCGAGGUGGAUGACUCCAAUAUACUCAAUUGGAAGGGAUUGAUUGUUCCUGACAACCCUCCAUUCAACAAGGGAGCAUUCAAGAUAGAGAUCAUUUUUCCAGCCGAGUAUCCAUUUAAGCCACCCAAGAUCACAUUCAAGACCCAAAUAUACCAUCCCAACGUCGAUGAGAAGGGCCAAGUGUGUUUGCCCAUCAUUAGUCCUGAGAACUGGAAGCCUGCCACAAAGACAGAUAAAGUCAUUCAGGCGCUAGUCGCACUGGUUCAUGACCCCGAGCCCGAGCAUCCACUGAGGGGGGACCUAGCUGAAGAGUACACUAGAGAUAAGGCUGCCUUCUGCAAGAAAGCUCAAGAUCAUACUCUGAAGCAUGCAGAGAAAAGGCCCUAACUCUUUAGUGAUUUUAAUUAACUCAAACAUUAUUGUAAAUUUAUUCACUCUACAUUGCGAUUGUUGUGUGCAGUGAGUUAUUUUAGUGUUACGUUGUGUGAUUUGAUUGUGUGUUACAAGUUAGAUUGCGUACAUGAAUAAUAAUGAUGCAAUUAUAUUUGCCAUGA